GCUACUUUCAGAGCUGUAGCCCAGUCUUUUGAAAAAAAAAUCUUUUAUGCCGAGGAUGACAGAAAAAUAAUCUGUCGUUGGAUCGAUAUUGCCAAAUCAAUGUUGCGUGGGCGGUAUCUUUGACUCUAAAGUCUGUGUCUAUUUUUUCUCAAAUCAUGCCACGUUUGUGAUGCGCAGAGCAAGUCCUCCUCCUCCUCCUCCUGUUUACGCACAGCUGCUAAUAGACCGCUCAGAGCUGACGGACCGAAAAGUUACCGACGUUGUUUUUACUUGUUAUCCAGAAUAUUUAUUUCCAAAUUUCUGUGGCCUCGACCCCUUCAACCCACAGGUCCGCCGACCCGCCCCAGCAUGCUGGACUGACGUCUUGAGGAAUGGCAUCGGCUGUGUUUGAAGGCACAUCGCUGGUCAACAUGUUUGUCCGGGACUGCUGGGUCAACGGGAUCCGGAGGCUCAUCAUCAGCCAGCGCGGAGAGGAAGAGGAGUUUUUCGAGAUAAGGACAGAGUGGUCUGACAGGAACAUUUUAUACUUGCAUCGGAGUUAUUCCGAUCUGGGACGGCUGUUUAAAAGACUGGUUGAGUCCUUUCCUGAAGACAGAAGAGACCUCUCCAAGUCUCCUCUGAUUGAAGGGCUCGUAAAAAUCAAAGAGGCAAACGACAUCGAGGAGAAACUGAACGAGGUGGAAAGACUACUGAAGAAUGCUAUCAACAUGCCAUGCAAGUAUUCCCGGUCAGAGGUGAUGCUGACUUUCUUUGAGCGAUCGCCGCUGGACCAGGUGCUGAGGAAUGACAAAGUCCACAGAAUCCAGCCGUGCUUUCAGAGUCCAAUCAAGAUAUCAGAAAUCAUGCGCUCCAAUGGAUUCUGUCUGGCCAAUACGGAAACCAUCGUAUUUGAUCACAAUCUCCCAGAAGAAAAGGAGAGACCCUCAUCCACUGACUCUGUGGAACAUACGUAUGAGGAUGGAACAGAGUUUUUGCCAAUGGAAGCAGAUGUGUGUGAUGAGGAAACAGAAGCAUAUGUCACCAACCUUUCCUACUACCAUCUUGUCCCAUUUGAAACUGACAUCCUGGAAUGAGGAACCGAUGCCUGUUGAUGGACGUAUGUCGCUGUCAUUGAGGAGUAUGUACUCUUAAAUGGAACCUAGCUAUGCAACGCUGCACAUAGCUGUUCCAAGUAAAUGCUGCUUAUUCUAGAGACCCCUAGAGUUGCUUACAUUUCUUUAGCCGAUUUUGGAGUUGGGCAGAUGUACAGGAUGCACCAAAAUGUUGCAGAAGAAGAAUCCAACCGCAGCACCACUUUGUUUUUGCCACUUUAAGCGACGCCACCAGUGUGCCUCAUUCGGAGCCUUACUUGACUUGACUUUCAGGUAUUGUAACACAACCUGUGGCAGCAACGAUGGAGGUCUUUCAGUCAUUAGGCAGAUGCAAACAGCUGGAGAGGUUUUUAAACAUGCUGCUUUACCACUUCAAAAGACUUUAAAUAGCAUCAAAGACAUCAUUGUCUGUAGUUUGGAGUGUGACUGCAACCAGAGGGCUGCACAACAACUGAACUUUGGAGGCAAAUUUACACUAUUGGACCAUUCACUGUUACUUAAAGUUAUUAUAAUUAACCGGCACUCUUUCAUUUUCUAUCUUAGUUGUUUUGUCUUUAUUCUCUAGAGGAUCUCCAUGAUGCCACUGGCCUGGUUGAUAUAUGUGAGAUAUGUGAGAUAUGUGAUGCAUCUGCAAAGCCUAUUGUCUUCUCAUUUAAACUGCUCCCUGAAGUGUUAUCCACAGUGUUACCACUCUGGUGUUUUUAUUCCUGUGGGAACGCAGGAAGCUGUCACAAAGCUUUGUGUAUGAUAUUUGUUUAUGGUGCAAUUUCCACCAGCAUUUAGGAACAUUCUGGUUUGUAAAAUACCAGCUUGAAACUCAUAGGGAAAUUUCUAGUUGUGUUGCUGUGAUAUGCAGUUAGUUCUUUAGCAUGGGAGUACUCUGAGAGCCAAGUGAAACUAGACUGCAUGCGUUUGAUAAGAGACAUACAAAUGUGUGAGUUUUUGUCACCGCUAAAGAUAAAAGUAAUAAAAUUGAGAAGAUUUUGUCCAAAGUCUUACUGAUUUAGCAGAAAACAAAAACUUGAUGGUAAAUCGAGCAAGAAUAAUAAAGCUUUUAUGCUAAUAGACUCGAAACAUGUGGUAGCAUAAGCAUUAGAUACAUUUGUUAUGUGUAUACACAGUAUACUGUAUAUGUGUUUCACUUGGUUUUUGGACCAGUGUCGAAUUAAAGAAUAUAAAACAAA